UAGGCUACUACUACUGACCAUUGCUAAUACGGCUAAUGAAUAUCCGAUUACAAUUUUAUGCAUUUCAGUUCUCGCUACAUACUCCUCAAAUGACACAUGCAUCAUCUUCUAUCCCCAGAUUUUGCACUCUUCAUCACAAUGUAGCAGUAAAAGAGCCUCUUCCUCCUCCUACAAAGAUGUAUGGCUUCAUCCGAGUGUUAUGGACUUGUGCGUCGCCCUCUAUUUCUUGCAAUGCUCCUCUAGUCUCAUCGUCGUCAGCAGCAGCAGCAGCAGCUAUCAAGUUGGCCAAGUGCUGCCUCAUCAACCCUCCACCACAACGUUCUGAGGAAUGGUUCGCCCUCCGCAGGGACAAGCUAACCACAAGCACGUUCAGCACAGUUCUAGGGUUUUGGAAGGGCAAACGUAGAUAUGAGCUCUGGCAAGAGAAAGUAUUUGAUUCACAAGUCCAAGGACCAAUGGAUAUUGAUGAUGAUGCUUCAAAAAGAACAAGGUGUGCUAUAGAAUGGGGCAUUAAAAAUGAAGCAGCAGCAGUACAACGCUACAAGGGCAUAACUGGGCGUGUUGGAAGCAGGGAUGACGUUGGGUCAUUGGGAUUUGUCAUCCACUCAUCUGAGAAGGGGCUUGACUGGCUUGGUGCCUCACCAGAUGGGCUCCUGGGAUGCGAUGGCAUUCUUGAAGUGAAAUGUCCCUAUAAUAAAGGGAAGCCUGAGACUGGUCUUCCAUGGAGCAGUAUGCCCUUCUACUACAUGCCACAAGUACAAGGCCAAAUGGAGAUAAUGGACAGAAAUUGGACUGAUCUGUAUUGUUGGACACCUAAUGGGAGCACUAUAUUUAGGGUGAGUAGAGAUAGAGAUUACUGGAAGCUGAUGCUGGGGAUUUUGAGAGAGUUUUGGUGGGAGAAUGUGGUUCCAGCAAGAGAAGCUUUGCUGCUGCUGACAACUGGGGAAGAUGCUGCUGCUGCUGCUGCUGCUGUAACCUCUUCCUAUCAACCAACUUCAACGCACACACAGACUGCACUUGUAUUAUCAAGGAGUAUUCAGAUGGCAAAAGAGGCUAAAUUAUUGUGUAGAGAAAUUGCUGGACAUAUUGAAUUUUACAGGUAGCUUUUCAGCAAACAGUACCAGUAGCUUGCAAAGACUGCAGUUGCUUGUAGAAAAUAGCACAUGCUUUUUGGGAAAUAACACAACAUCAGCAACAACAAGAGUGGCUAUUAAAAAGGUGAAUAUCAUGUGACUGAUAAGCAAGCAAGCAAGCAAGCCAGCCAGCCUGUAUCAGUCAGUCAGACCAUUAUUGGGGUCAUUCAACCUCCUGGAAAAAUCAAUGUAUAGUUGUUAUAAAUAUGAUAGGCUGAAUAAAAAUCUGGUCCUAGCGUAUGAAGCAUUUUCUAAUCUAUUCAGAAUACCCUACUCCCCAAUGUUUUG